AAAAUCUCCCGGAACUUCCGCCAAGUGUAAACCGGAAGUAGGUACGUGGCCGCUUCAGCUGACAGUCAGUCAGUCUCUGUACAUGAUGGCGACAGAGGUUCAGAGCGGCGACCUCGACAGCGCGACUUCCAGCCGGCUCGAAGUCUCCAUCGACGGCCUCACUCUCAGUCCGGACCCGGAGGGCGAGCAGGAGCAGCUCCAGGUCGAACAGGAGCCGGAGCCCAACAACAAACCCGCGGAGGAGCCGGAGACCGACGCCGACACGCCGGGUGGAGCCGCGGCAGACGGAGGAGAAGAAGGAGGAGAAGAUGGAGAGACAGCCAGGUCUGCCAUAGAGAGGAAAUGGGGCUUUCCUCUGCUGGAGCUCUACGGAAUGGGCCUCAAAUUCUUCAAAGAUAAAGAUGGAAAGGCCUUCCACCCGACCUAUGAGGAGAAGCUUCGACUGGUGGCUCUGCACAAACAGGUGUUACUGGGCCCUUACAAUCCUGAUGCUUCACCGGAGGUCGGCUUUUUUGAUGUCCUGGGCAACGACCGCAGGAAAGAGUGGGCCUCCCUGGGUAACCUGGAGAAGGAGGAUGCCAUGGUGGAGUUUGUCAAGCUGCUGAACAAGUGCUGUAACCUCUUUGCUCCCUACGUCACCUCACACAAGAUCGAAAGGGAAGAGCAGGAGAGGAAAAGGAAAGAAGAAGAGGAGCGUCAGCGGCUGGAGGAGGAGGAGAGGGAGCGACAAAGGCAGGAGGAGGAGAGACGGAGGCUAGAGGAGGAAGAAAGGCUGAGGAGAGAGGAAGAGGAGAGGAGACAGGCAGAGGAGGAGAGGCUACGGAUUGAGCAGCAGAAACAACAGAUAAUGGCGGCGUUAAAUGCGCAGACAGCAGUGCAGUUCCAACAGUACGCUGCUCAGCAGUACCCCAACAGCCCAGAGCAACAGCUGGGCCUCAUCCGUCAGCUCCAGGAGCAGCACUACCAGCAGUACAUGCAGCAGCUCUACCAGGUCCAGCUGGCCCAGCAACAGGUAGCGGCCUUACAGAAGCAGCAGAUGCAGGCGGAUUUGAUGGUGCAGGGCACCCUUGAAUCUAGUGACUUCAAUAGCGGCGAACCUAUCGCCGCCUCAGCAGCAGGACCGUUGUGUGCAGCUUCACCGCCUGCUGGCGAUGAAACCCCCACAGUCAACGGAGGCCAGUCGGAUUCGUACUCGGAGAGCAUGGACCGGGAGCCAGAGCCCGAGCCGGCAGAGGAGGUCUCAGAGAACGGGCCUUUAUUAGACUCCCCACCAGUCAUAGCUGCUCCGUCCAUGUGGACACGGCCACAGAUCAAGGACUUCAAGGAGAAAAUCCGUCAGGACGCAGACAGCGUGAUCACAGUGGGACGCGGCGAGGUGGUGACGGUGCGAGUGCCAACCCACGAGGAGGGCUCUUACCUGUUCUGGGAGUUCGCCACGGACUAUUACGACAUCGGCUUCGGGGUCUUCUUCGAGUGGACGGACGCCGCCUCCGCUUCGGUCAGCGUGCACGUGUCGGAGUCCAGCGAUGAUGACGAGGAUGAAGAAGGUGAACCUCCCAAUGAGGAGGAGAAGGCGAAGAAGGAGGCGGGGAAGCCCCAGGUGGAUGAGAUUGUGCCGGUGUACCGGCGGGACUGUCAUGAGGAGGUGUAUGCCGGUAGCCACCAGUACCCCGGCCGCGGAGUCUACCUGCUCAAGUUUGACAACUCCUAUUCACUCUGGCGCUCCAAGAGUGUUUACUACAGAGUCUACUACACCAGAUAAGCCUGAAUACAGACACAGGGGGAGCCAAGGAGUGUGUGUGUUCAUAUGUUUGUGUGUGUGCGUGUGCGUGUAGGUGGAGAUUUGGCAGCCUGUAUGUGUGUGUUUUGUGUGUGAAGGAGAAAUCACCAGAUCUAUUCUGGACAAAACCACCAGAGGGUGACAAAGAGACACAUCUGAAAGCCCUAGUUUGGAGAUUUGGACUAUUGUGUAUGUGCUGUAUGUGUAUGCGUGUCCUGAGAUACACCCAUGCUAGAACCUGGAAGAGGAGCGCGUUCUCCUGUUGUAUAUUCACCACCUGUCCUCGCUGCGCUCACAUAGACCCAGGCUGUAGGACUUUCUCUAUCUCAUAUUGUAUUUGACCACUUUUCACCCUGGGCUCCUCUUCUGUCACCACCAACCCCAGCCCAACACUGUCCAACGUGGCCUUUGUGGCUGCUUCUGCCCCGAUUGACGCUUUCAUAACCGCGUUGCGGAAAACGCCGGCGAGUCCAGCACUCUGUGAGCCAACGUUUCCUGUUUUGGUGGUAAUACUGGUUUGUUUAUCCCACAAGAACACAGACAAUGUUGAAAAAAUCUAAUUAUAUUGCAAAUGUACUUCAUAUAACACUAUGCCUCUGUUCCUCAGAGAGCGUCUGGUCUUUGCCAAGUCUCUCACACACACACAUUAAAAACACAGUUGUACACGAAUAAUUAUCUUUUUUGUUGUAAAAACAGUCUCUUCCCUAGCCACCAUGCAUAUGUGAAGAUCUGAGAGGAUGUUUAGUGCUCUUGUUGGUUUAUUCCCACACAAAAAAACGUUAUUUCUGGAUACAAUCUGAUUGCACCGGGAGUAGAUAUUUUAAUGGAGUCUACUGGCAAAAUUUAUGAAGGACAGGCAUUCCAUGUUUCAGAGUAAUAAAGGAGUGAGUAACAUGACAUGCACAUGGAAAAGUAGGCCCUCUGGCUUUAUAAACUCAAGCAUCUCAGUGUUUGAUACAGAAGUUUAAAAAGAAAUUAUUAAAUAAAUAUUUGUUCUCCCUUUCUCCUACAAAUAUUUUUUUUUCUAUAUGUGUGUCCGUUUCCACACGACUGAUUACGUCAAAUCCUCAACUGUCCUUUUGCUCAGCAAUUCUUCCAGAUAAAAAGGAGCUAGUAUUACGGCAGAUGUUAUAUUAAUAUUACCUGGGAGGUUUUUGAGUUUUGAAUUUCAUUAUGUGUGUUUGGAGAUGCCGACACACAACUACAUCUAUCAAUAAAAAUUCAAGACACACUGUUACAUCUCUCCAGUGCUCAGAAAUCAAAAAUCCAUUACACAAAAUGCAGUGUUGCUGGUCUGUUUUUUUUUUUUUUCUUCCUUCCUGGUAUGAAUUAACUCAAAUUGUCAUCUCAAGUAAGGUAUCGUGAAUAAACUGAGAUGAUAUUUUUGUCUUUGGUGACGUGGUUGCUUACUAACUCAGCUGUGACAUCUUAGUGUAUUCACCUUUUUUAUUUUCGAAGUCAUUUGUUGCCAUACUUUAGAUUAAUUAUGUUGUUCUGUUUCACAUUACAUGUGUAUGCUUUGCGUACCUACCACCUAGGUGCAUUAUGAGCAAAGUGUGCGGUGUGUUCAGUAGAGACAUUUGGGUUCACUUUGUCACUCAAUCUGUAUUUGUACUUUUUUGUGUGUAUGCAACCAAACUUUAAAGACACAGAGGUGGAACAACAAGUUGAGUGUUAGUUCAUAUUAUUUAAUUAGAGGCCCCUCCUGCCUCCCAUCCAUUCAGUGAUUUGUGUAACAAAAUGUCACCAUGGCUUAACCAAGCCAUAAAGUUUAAGAAAGUUCCUAAGUUUCUGAUGUGUGAUGUUUGUUUUUCUUAAGUUUCUUAUUGCUCACCAAAAUGGUUUGUUCAAGCCUUGUAUGUAAAUAAUUCUAUAAAUGAGUUUAUGUAUGGGUUUUUAGAUGUGGAAGAAGGCUAUGGUUUUGAGAAUCAAUGCACUGUAAAAUAUGGUGAAUGAGAUCAUAUAUGUAUACAUUUUACCCCGAAUGAAAGUCCAAAACUCGUAGGAAGUAUAAAAAUGGCAAGACUCUAUUGACAUGACAGACAGAAAAGCUCAUCUUUUUGUAUUGUUUUGACUUGUUUGGAUCUCUUAUGAGUUGCAAGAUCUUUUUUUUGGGCAUAUAUUUAAUCUUGAUUAAACUUAUGUUCAUCUCUAGAAA